UGGCAUCGAUGUUUCUCCACCUCUAGGGAACACAGUUUUUUUUUAACUGCGAACGAUCUGUCGAAAUUGACGAAAUUGGUGUUUGAUUUUGUCCCCAAAUUCAAGUUCUAUUAUUGUUGCAGUGAAUACUUUAAGGAAACACGAGCGAACAAGCCAUAAAAUGCCCAGCAUCAAGUUGCAGUCGUCUGAUGAGGAGAUUUUCGAUACGGACAUCCAGAUCGCCAAAUGCUCCGGCACCAUCAAGACCAUGUUGGAGGAUUGCGGCAUGGAGGACGAUGAGAAUGCCAUUGUGCCGCUGCCCAAUGUAAAUUCCACCAUCCUUCGCAAGGUCUUGACCUGGGCCCAUUACCACAAGGACGAUCCGCAGCCCACGGAGGACGAUGAGAGCAAGGAGAAGCGCACGGAUGACAUUAUCUCGUGGGAUGCCGAUUUCCUGAAGGUCGACCAGGGCACUCUGUUCGAGCUCAUACUGGCUGCCAACUAUCUGGACAUCAAGGGCCUGCUGGAGCUUACCUGCAAGACGGUGGCCAACAUGAUCAAGGGCAAGACUCCGGAGGAGAUCCGCAAGACCUUCAACAUCAAGAAGGACUUCACGCCCGCCGAGGAGGAGCAGGUGCGAAAGGAGAACGAGUGGUGCGAGGAGAAGUAGAGGAGUCGCAGCCGUCUGGACCAGAAUUUAAAGUAAAACAUAAGCUGGCGGCUGCAAAUGGAGAAGCAGCCGUCGUGCCGCGUGGGAGCUUUAUUUAGUUGCUACUCUCUCAACUCAUUUAACAUAUUUUUUUUUGUUUAUAUAUCCUUGGUAAACCCUAAUUUUGAAGUCUUAUAUCUGAUCUGCUGCAAGCGACCUUCGUGCUUGAUGUGAUUCGCGGGUUUACUCUUAUGUCACGUUGAUAUAUUUCAUAUAAUAUAUACAUAUAUGCGAAAAUGCUAAAUUCAAUGUAGCCUAUAUGCAUAAGAACACUUUGAUUUCACCUUAAUAAAUAUGAACUACCCAAACAGCCGA